UGCGGCAUUCAUCGCUUGGUUCCUUCCUAAAACAAAAUUUCGUCUUUUUUCAUUAUCAGUGUCUAGACCACGAUAACUACUAGAACUUUUUCUUCUUUUUUUUCCCACACAAACCUUCUCUUCUUUCUCUUUCUCUUUCAUUUUCAUUAUCAUCUUCUUUUUUAAUACAUUAUAAUGUUCAGACCCUUUGCACUCAAAAGCUUGUUUACUUCGUCAAUGUCUCGUCUCGCACCCACGAUUGUCUCUUCCACCAGCACAGGAUCAUCAGUCCGCACUCUGCACCACGCAGCGGCGCUCAGCACUUUGCCGCGCGAUCUGAUCAGCCUCAACGAUUACAGCGCCGAGCAAAUCGCCGCCCUCGUUGAAUCCGCCGCCGAGUUCAAGCGCAAGACCAAGCACGAAGGACAAUCAUUCCACCCGGACGCUCCCCUCCGCGGCCAAUCAAUCGCCCUACUCUUCUCCAAACGGUCCACGCGCACCCGCGUCGCCAGCGAAACCUCCAUCGCAUAUCUCGGCGGGCACGCGAUGUUCCUCGGAAAGGAGGAUAUCCAGCUGGGCGUCAAUGAGUCAUUGCGCGAUAGCGCAGAGGUGAUUUCCAGCAUGGUCUCGGGGAUUUUUGCGCGCGUCGGCGCGCAUAGCGAAAUCACCGCCCUGGCGGAGCACUCCUCGGUGCCGGUGAUCAACGCGCUGUGCGACGAGAACCACCCGACGCAGAUCCUCGCCGACCUGCUGACGAUCUGGGAAAUCUACGGCGCGCGGCGGCCCCGCGCACAAUCAAUGCUCGAGGUCUUCCGCGGGCUGCGCGUUGCCUGGGUCGGCGACGCCAACAACGUCGUUUACGAGAUGCUCGCGGCCAUGCCCAAGUGUGGUCUCGACAUGAGCGUGUGCACGCCGGCAAAGUACCCGGUGCCGGAGGCUGUGCGCAUGCAGGCGGAUGCCGAUGCCAAGGCAGCCAAUGUCCAGGUCGAGUUUUUCACGGACCCGAAGCUGGCGGUUAAGGAUGCGGAUAUCAUUGUUACGGACACUUGGGUGAGCAUGGGCCAGGAGGCUGAGAAGGCGCAGAGGAUGAGCGACUUUGCGGGAUACCAGGUGUCGAUGGAGAUGGCAGAGAGCGGCGGCGCGAAGCGCGACUGGACAUUCAUGCACUGCCUGCCGCGCAAGCCCGAGGAAGUCACCGAUGAGGUCUUCUACUCGGAUCGCUCGGUCGUGUUCCAGGAGGCGGAGAACCGCAAGUGGACGAUUCUGGCGGCGUUUGCGGCGCUGCUGGCCAGGCGGAAUUGAGAUAGAAUUACAAG